AAGAGAAUGAAAUUCAAAUGAUUAAAAACAUGUAACUCUGUAACCGAAGUCCUAAUAAAUUUGAUUAGUUCGAUUUCUCCCCUCUUUAAUAUCGCCCGUAUAAAAAAAAAUUCACAUAUGUCAGUCAAAUUAGUCAAAAGAUUUGUUGCAAGAGAUUGAAGUCAGGGAGUCAAGGCAUAUUCAUUUCUGAAGCCAUGCAUUUGCAUUCAUCCUUCCCAAAUACAAAAACCCAAAUAACAAAAACAAAACAAAAAAACCUCGAAGAAGUCCUGCAAGAAACCCAUAUAUUACAUAUAUUAUAUAUAUUUUGGAUACUGACAAUUGUUUUUUCCUUGUUCAAAAAACUCUUUCCAAUAUUAUUACCUGCAAACAAAAUUAAUGAUUCAUAUAAAUCUCAACCCCGAAUCAAAUAUGAUUUUGGAUUUUUUUCAACAUAUGGUAAUAAUAAUGCCAGCCAAUAUCAAAUUUGAAUCUCAAAUUAAUUGCUUGGAAAAAAAAAAUCAAAAAAUUAGUAUCUCAAAUUAAACCAAACUUCCAUUUCUUACAAUUCAAGAUUAACCAAAGCUGUCAAUUAGUAGAUAAAUACCUAAUUAAUUAAUUAAAACUUACGAAAAUUUUUGUUUUUGUUUUUGUUUUUUCUUUUUUAAAACCAAAACCCAACAAACUCUUCUCUUCUGCACUCUGCAACACUGCCACUCACACACACACUCUCUCUCUCUCUCUCUCUCCCUUAGCGCCAGCCAUGUCCGCUCCCACUCUGCACUCUCUCCCAGACGACGACGUUUCACCUGUCGAGGAAGUUCGCUUGACGGUCUCGAACGACGACGACCCGACCCUUCCAGUAUGGACCUUCCGGAUGUGGGCCCUGGGCCUCCUCUCAUGCGUCCUCCUCUCCUUCCUCAACACCUUCUUCGCCUACCGCACGGAGCCGCUCGUCAUUUCGAUGAUCUCCGUACAGGUGGCGACGCUCCCGAUUGGACGGUUCAUGGCGAGGACGCUGCCUACAAAGAAGUUUCGGGUCGGGUUGAGGGAGUUUUCUCUCAACCCGGGUCCGUUUAACAUGAAGGAGCACGUGCUGAUAUCCAUAUUCGCGAAUGCAGGAGCCGGGUUCGGAAGCGGGGCGGCUUAUGCAAUUAGUAUUGUGAACAUAAUAAAAGCGUUUUAUCAUAGGAAUAUCUCAUUUUGGGCCAGUUGGAUACUUGUUAUUACCACGCAGGUGUUAGGAUACGGGUGGGCAGGAAUUUUGCGAAAGUACGUGGUGGAUCCGGCUGAGAUGUGGUGGCCGAGUAGUCUUGUUCAAGUCUCUUUAUUUAGGGCUCUGCAUGAGAAAGACAGCAAGCGAAUGUCAAGAGGGAAGUUCUUUCUGAUUGCCCUCAUCUGCAGCUUCUCCUGGUUCGUCGUCCCAGGCUACCUCUUCCCAACUCUGUCAACAAUUUCAUGGGUUUGCUGGGUGUACCCAAACUCAGUCACGGCCCAACAAAUCGGGUCGGGCAUGCGCGGGCUGGGCCUCGGGGCAUUUUCACUUGAUUGGACCGUUAUAGCCUCUUACCUUGGCAGCCCUCUGAUCAGCCCCUUCUUUGCCAUUGUCAAUGUUGCAGCUGGCUAUCUUCUGGUUAUGUAUGUGGGUCUGCCAAUUGCUUACUGGGGCGUCAAUUUGUACAGUGCCAAGAACUUUCCAAUCUUCUCUUCACACUUGUUUGAUCACCGUGGCCAGAUUUAUAACGUUUCGGCCAUUGUGAAUGACAAGUUCGAAAUUGAUAUGGAUUCUUAUGACAAACAAGGGCGCAUAAAUUUGAGUGUUUUCUUUGCCUUGACUUAUGGUAUUGGUUUUGCGGCCGUUGUAUCGACCCUCACGCAUGUCGCCCUCUUUAACGGAAGGGAGAUAUAUAAGCAAUACCGAAGAGCUUCACACAGUGGAAAGGUAGACAUACACACCAGGUUGAUGAAGAAAUACAAGGACAUACCUAAAUGGUGGUUUCAUCUUAUGCUUUUGUUGUCUUUGGUGCUCUCUCUGGCGCUGUGCGUUUUCAUGAAAGAUGAAGUGCAAAUGCCAUGGUGGGGACUCAUUUUUGCAGCUGGACUUGCAUUAAUUUUCACCCUUCCAAUCAGCAUUAUAACUGCCACCACAAAUCAGUCUCCAGGACUAAACGUCAUCACAGAGUACAUCAUGGGCUUGAUAUUACCUGGCAAACCAAUAGCCAAUGUGUGCUUCAAAACCUAUGGCUACAUAAGCAUGUCGCAGGCAAUUUCCUUUCUCAAUGACUUCAAGCUAGGCCAUUACAUGAAGAUCCCUCCCAUAUCAAUGUUCAUAGUCCAGUGCAUAGGAACAUUGAUAGCGGGAACAGUCAAUCUUGGUGUGGCAUGGUGGCUGUUGUCUACCAUAGAAAACAUAUGUCAAGAUCAAUUGCUCCCUCCCAAUAGUCCUUGGACUUGUCCUGGUGAUCGUGUGUUCUUUGAUGCCUCUGUAAUCUGGGGUCUGGUUGGACCAAGAAGAAUUUUCGGCUCUCUCGGAAACUACAAAGCCCUCAACUGGUUCUUCCUAAUAGGUGCAUCGGGGCCCCUCCUGGUGUGGUUGCUGCACAAAGCUUUCCCAAGUAAGAAAUGGAUCAAGCUGAUCAACCUCCCAGUGCUUUUGGGAGCAACAGCUGUAAUGCCACCAGCUACAACUGUGAACUUCAACUGUUGGAUUGUGGUUGGAGCAAUUUUCAACUUCUUUGUUUUCAGAUACAGAAAGAAGUGGUGGCAGAGGUACAAUUAUGUUCUUUCUGCUGCUUUAGAUGCUGGAGUGGCUUUCAUGGGGGUGCUUUUGUACUUCUCAUUGACCAUGAAUGAGAAAAGCAUAUCCUGGUGGGGAACAAAUGGUGAACACUGUGAGCUAGCUACUUGUCCUACAGCCAAAGGUAUAGUUGUUGAUGGUUGCCCUUUGUACUAAAUCUCAUUUCAAAACCUAUAAUUACUUUAGCAUUUUAGAGUUUUUUGUUUUAAGUUUUAAGUAUGUUAUUUGGAAGAAAGGCAUUGUAAAUAUCAAUCAAGUUUCAUCUAUGUAGUGAAGUUCACAGUUGGAAAUU